AUGGAUUAUCAGCAGAAGCAAUCUCCGGCGUUCAGCAAGUCUUCCGAUUCAAAGGUUAGCAGAAAGUAUAUUCACGAUGAUGUUGCCUUCUACGUUCUUUCGAAACUUCCCAUAAAAUCAUUGAAACGCUUUGGAUGCGUACGCAAAUCAUGGUCCAGUUUAUUUGAUGACUCUCAUUUCUUGACAGUGUUUCGAAACCAUUUCAUAUCUCGUCACAAUUCUGAUGAUGAUCAUCAUACAUUUCUCCUCAUAUAUCAACGUGACCAUGUUGAUCGUGAAUACGCUGAAUUUCAUUUGCUCGAUAGUAGAAUCAAAUUAAAUUUGCCACCUCCGUUUUCAGACGAUGACAGUUUUCUUAGUAUUUUGGGAAAAACAAGUGUUAACGGUAUUUUUUGUAUUGGACAACGGGGAAAUACAAAUAAGGUCAGAUAUGUAUUGUGGAACCCAGCUACCGAGGAAUUCGUCAACAUUCCUCCUAGCCCCGAUGAGGUUAUGUCAAAACACCCUCUCCUUGGUGUGUUUCAUAAAUUUCACGGGUUUGGUUAUGACCAACUAAGAGAUGACUUUAAGGUGAUUCAGUAUGUAUCAUUUGAUAGCUCAAGUUGUGAUGGCUAUGACAUUGAUUCUCCUCCACCUCAAGGUAAUGUAUUUUCUGGUGAAGAACUGUACAUGAAUGGUGCUUGUCAUUGGUUGGUUCAAGGUAAAAUACAUGAUACAAUAGCUCUCAUGUCAUUUGACCUCACUCAUGAGGUGUUCUUUACAACACCCAUCGAUGAAAGAUCUGAGUUGGAUUACGGACAUUUGGCGGUGUUAAAUGGAUCAAUUGCUUUGAUCAUAAAUCAUGACAACAAUAAUACUUUCCACAUAUCUAUUCUGGGUGAACUCGGCGUGAAGGAAUCAUGGAUCAAACUAUUUAUUUAUGGCCCUAUGCCUUCCAUUGACUGGCCCCUAAUUGGAUUUGGGAACAAGGGAUACAUUUUCUUUAGAAAAAUAGAUGAUGAACUAGUACGGGUUGAUUUGAGCACCCAAAUAAUUGAGGAGCUUGGUUUUAAAGGAGAGGAUUAUUGUUGUUGUAAGAUCGGGAUUUACAAGGAAAGCCUUCUCUCGAUUCGAGGAUCAAAUAACUAGUUUUUCACCUGGAGGUAUACUGGCUAUGGUUAUUAGGAUUUUUACCUUGUAUGUAAAGGAUUUGUACACCAUGUACUUGAUAAUUUAACAAGACAUUUGGUGAUAUGGAUCUUGUUUCUUGUCUAUUUCAUUUGUAAGGAUGAUAUGUUUUUUUUAA